UCUAUUUAUAUAUCCAAAUAUUUUCUUUACAAUGUAUUAAAAAGCAGAUAGUGGGCUUAGUGGCUGGAGGAAUUCAUAGCAGAUAGUAGCUGCUAUAGCAGGUGUUAUGCAUCCAAAGUAGGCUACUAAAAUACAUCAAUAUUUUUUCUUUUUAGGCAGUAAAAAUUAAUACUUUAAAUUAACAUUGUGCAGCAAAAUGAUAAAAUCAAAAAAACUAUAUAACAUCAUCCGCCUAACAUCAUGAUAUCAUGUCAACAUCCAUAAAAGUAAAGGUCCAUAGUUUAAUGAGAAAUAUCAUCAUCCACGAAAUGUAAUAACAUCAUUCAUAAGAUAUAAUUGUCCACAAUCACAUAACAUCAACCAUAAAAUAAAGGUGUCUAAAAGCAUACGGCAUCAAUAAUAGAAGGAUGAUGUCCACAAUAAUAUAAUAUAAUUCACUUCUCUCUCUCUCCUCUUCUCUCUCAUGCUCCAUUCAAUUUGGGCACAAAAUAACUAGACUGAUCCAUGCCUUAACCAUGUUUGACCAGGCCAAUUGGAAACCAAUCCAACCUGCUAUGGAAUGCAUCACCUACUUUGGGAACUUGCAUUGUAGCAGCCACUAUAGCUGGUUUUUGCCCAAUAAAUUGGCUUCAUAUCCAAGCACCAUAUAGUGCCAUUGUGAUGCAGCAUAUCAUUUUUGGUCUGGAACUGCUAUAGAGGUUUCGAUGGACAAUUUUUAAAACUAUGGUUCUUUGUCAUUGCUGUCAUUUUUUCAAAAAAUCUCUAUGUCAUUCUUCUGUCCCUUCAGUGUUCUACAUAAGUUUAAUAUCGUGUUAAUUAAUACAACUUUCUACAUCUCUUUACCAAAGCAUUGGUUUUAGUGUGAUUUCCUUCCAUUUCUGCGAUAUCGUCUUAGAUCUUUAGUGACAACUUUUUCAGAAGUUAGGAGAUUGAUGAUUCUGUUCAUGUCAUAUCAGAUCCAUCUAUCAAAGUCACUUUGCUAUGGUUACCGUUAUGUGGGAUCUUUUUAUUCAGGUUAAACUUGUUAAACUUCUGCAUUAAGGGGUUUAAUUGGGCUUAAGAAUUUUCUUUUCUGAAUAGUGUUUGAAAUGCAGUGCAUGAUGCCUACAUAUGCAGAUCUAGUCCCUUGAUUGCGCUGCAUUGUGUAUAUGCGGUUAUUAUGUGAUCAUAUCGGUUAUGGGAUGAAAGUUAGUCCGCUUAGCAAUGUGCAUCUAUAUAUGUCGCUCAAGUAACUUUAUACAACUGCAUAUGUGGCCCACUUGGCAUUGCGUGGGCCAAGUAUAUGCCCACUUGUAUAUGGGCAUGUGGAGAUGGAGCAUGUUCAAACUGAUACUUAGGCUGAAUAUAGGUUUCAAUUAUAUUGUAAUUGAUAGGAGAAAUAUUGGACACCUCUAUCUCGGACCAGAUCAACCUCGACUACCUUGGUACAAAUCGAGGUAGGCAACUUCGGCCCCAAUCGAGGAGCCAACCGACCGAGAUGAAUAACUUUACCUCUGACCAAAGAGCCAAUCGACACGUGCCGACAAGGACUGAUAGUCCUUGCAACCGGCUGUUGUGAUAACAACUGGCUGUAAUGGCAGCUCUGCAUUCGAUGUACGAUCAGUACUGUAUGUCGCCCACACCGAAGCCAUACUACUAGCCGCUGCCUGGGGAUUGGUGCACAUCAUGCCAACCUAGGUAAUAACAAAAUUGACUCCUCUAUAUAAAGGGGUGAUUCGGGGGACCUCGGGUGCGUAAUGCGAUAUCAUGCAAUAUUAUUCACAGAGAAUUACAGCCUGUUGAAAUCUCUCUCUUCCAUAUUGUUGUCUCUCUAUUCUGACUUAGGCAUCGGAAGGUCUUCCGCCGGAAACUCUCCAACAAGCAAACAUUUUGCAGGCCAAUCUGGAGGAGACCAGCCUCUCCAAAUGUCGGCCAGCCGGUUUAGCUCGGUUCCCACUGACCUCAAGCAACAUGCCCAUGUUCCGAAAUUUGGCAAUUGGGAAAGUGAUGAAAAUGCCCCUUACACUAAAUAUUUCGACAAUGCACGUAAGGGUAAAGCUGGAGGGAAAUUAAUCAAUCCCAAUGAUCCUCAAGAAAACCCAGAUGCAUUUUCUAAAGAUAUUCCACUAGUUCAGGCCCCACCAUUUAGGAUUGGAUCUGAUCCUGAAGCUCCGAAGCCCAAGGAUGAGCGACGCGCAAGCAGAGAAGAUGAUUAUCGUCAACUUACUGACUCUCCUUUAUAUCAUGAUGCCCUACCUCGGAAAUCCACCACAGACUCACCUCAUCACCGUUAUGGGGAUCGACCUAUUUCAGGUGAUCCGCAAAAGAGGGCAGGCAGAACAAGUGGUGGAUCAGACCACAUCCACAACAUUGAACAUUCUCCCCUUCACCCCCAUUAUCAGGUGAAAGCUGUGAACAGAGGUGGAGCGUCUUCUCCUUCCUGGGAAAGAAAGGGUUCAUCAGAAGGUAGCCACGGGCAUACUUCCAACUCUGCAGGAAGAUCCAGAUUAAAGGCUGGUGGUCGAGGCGAUGAAACACCUGAAAAAGGAUCGGCUGUACCCAAGUUUGGUGAGUGGGACGAAAAUAAUCCUUCCUCAGCUGAUGGUUUCACCCACAUAUUCAACAAAGUAAGGGAAGAAAAGCAGACUGGAUCAGCAAAAGUUCCCGUUAUUUCCAAUGAUAUAAUAUAUCCCAACGGUCACAAUCAAGGUGGUAGUCACCAGUCAUCAAGCUGUUCGUGCUUUGGCUGGUGCGGAAAAUAAUUGGUGUUCAUGAAAAAUUUUAUGAUGCUCUGGACCUGUAAAUACCUCCAAAGAAGGUUAUUUUAUGUGAUGGAUCUCUCUGAAAAUGUGUUCUUCUCUCUUCAUAUAUGCCUUGAUGAUAAUAAUUAUGCUUAUAUUUAUAAGCAAGCACACUUUAAUCCUCAUUUCUUGUAUUUAUUACCUCUUGUUUGUGACAUAAAGAAUGCUGGAUAUACAAAGAAUGAUGCAUAUUCUUUUAGUAUGUUUUUAUAUCCACUACCCUAAGGAUUUCAAGUGUAUCCCACAUUAUAUUUUCUGUGUUACUUAUUUUAAUGCAUGAUGAUUCUGGUUGUA